CUGUUUCAGCCAGUUGGAUUUACAUUUUGCCGGCGCGGAUAACUAUAUUAUGUACUAGUUCAAUAGAACACGGGGAAAACUGACUGCACCGCUCGCAAGAAGACUCUUAAGUUAAAAGUGAAACAAGAUGAGUUGGGGUUAUGGCAAAGAUAACGGACCAGACACAUGGUCAAAGACCUUCAAGGUGGCUGCCGGCAGCAAACAGUCGCCAAUCGACAUCAAGACGCAUGACGCGACCUUUGACCCGAAUCUCGCCAGUAAGCCACUAGUGAUCCAGUACCACCCGGAGAAGGAAGUUGGAAUAUUUAACAUCGGGUGGACAUUCCGGGCCGACAUGAAAGAAAAAUCAACGCUGGAGGGAGGCCCGUUAGAUUCUGUAUACCGACUGGAGCAGUUCCACGGUCACUGGGGGUCGGGCGCGGACCAUGGCUCCGAACACUUAGUGGACGGGAAAUCCUUUUCUGGAGAGAUCCAUUAUGUUCACUGGAACCAGAACAAGUACAAGAGUUAUGCUGAGGCUGCGGACAAGGAUGAUGGACUGGUAAUCAUCGCCGUUUUCUUAAAGGUUGGCAAGGAAAACGCUGGGUUCAAAGUUGUCACAGAAAACAUUGAGAAAAUCAAGUUGAAGGACACGUCCACCCUCGUUAAAGUCGACUGUCAUCCAGAUUGCUUAUUGCCCAAUGACAGAAGCAAGUACUGGACAUAUCCGGGAUCUCUGACCACGCCCCCGUGCCACGAAAGCGUCACCUGGAUCGUUUUCCAAGAAGCUGUGGAAGUAUCGGAACAACAGAUUGCUGCUCUCCGAGGACUGAGCUCUGAUAAAAGCAACGUAGUCCCCCUGGUGACUAACCACCGCCCACCAGUUCCGGUCGGAUCGAGGGCGGUUAGAGCAUCUUUCAAAUAGCUCUGACAUUGGACUCCAUUUUUGUAACCCACUGCAUGGGUAUACGCUGAAUUAAAUUGAGGUCAAUCAGAUGAUACAGAUUAUAUAUAGACAUAUACACGUAGUAUUUACUCAAGGGAUUGUUUUACAAAUCUGCUAAAUGCAUCACUGUGCCCCAUUUUUAUGUAAUAUGCGCAUGAAAAAUGCAUGUCUGCAAAGAUCUUGCAAACAUAUUUAUUGAUUGUAUAUUAUUAUUUUACAUUUUUAUUUAUUUCCGGAUUUUUCAGAAAAAAACGCACAAGAUUGGGGACUUGCAAUUACUAUUUUACCCGUGGAAAAAACAAAACAAUUAAAGAGGACUGAUCAAUUGCUCGCCUAAUAAAUUUUAAGGAACGAUUUAAGAUAUUGCCAUACUGAUACCAUUUACUGUUUCAAGCUCUCAAAGUGGUUAUUCUGUGUAGCGAAAAAUGGCUGAACUUACUUCUAUUAUCUUAUUCUAGGUAAACAGAGAAAUAUAAUAUAUAUAUUUUUAAAUUUCAAAAUGAGAAGCGUUUUGAUAUUCCACUGGUUUGUUUUACAAAGUAUUACAGAUUAUUCCCGUGUGAAUAGUGUUAAUCUGGCAGAACCUUUAUUUUUACUAUUAGUGUGCUUUUCAUUGCCAGUUCUAAUGCGACUUAUAUCGGAUUUCGGACGCAGGACAAAUAAGGCUUACAAAUUAAAAUAGUGCUAACCCUGUGCUAGUGGUGUAGUUUCAGACAUUUUUCAUUAUUAUGAACUUUUAAUAGUAGUGUUCUAUUUAUUAUCAGUUCUGAUGUGGCUUAUCCCAGACUUCGGAUGCAGGGCUAAUAAGCCCUGUAAAUUAAAACAAAGCUAACCCUGUGCUAGUGGUAAGUUUCAGAAAUUUACUAUUAUUCCUAAUUUUUAGAUUUAGGACUAAUAAGCCCUGUAAAUGAAAAUGGAGCUAACUCUGUGCUAGUCGUGUAUUUUCAGAAAUUUGUCAUUAUAUUGAAUUCCAUUGUAAACGCACAACCCAAAUUUCAAUUGUUAUUGUUCUCGCGUGUGCGAGGUUGCGGUGCUAUGAAACACACAGUAACCGUAACCCUUGUAUACAAUUUUGUGGUUAUUUAUUUUGUCUACCAGAAUACACCCAGCUAUACAAAAGCAGUUAAAUGUUUAAUUAUGUGUUUUCUCCUUAUAUCUUUUUGUUACAAGUACAGAUAUGACUGAUGCGUUCACAUUGAAGAUCAGUAUAUAUAUAUAUA